AUGAAAAAUUGCGACAUUGAUAGGUUCUUAGAGAUAUUCAAUGAGGGUACUAAUUAUGAGGAAAAAUCUUAUCACUCUUUGGAUGAUCUCUACGUUAUUUUUGAAGAAUUUGAAGAUGUUAAUAGAGAAAUAUUAAGAUAGUUAUUUGAUAAGGAGGCGUUUUUCAAUGAAGGAAAGAAGGGGAAACUGAGACUUCUAAAACUAUUAAUGUUUGCCUUGCUUUAUUAUGAUAAGAAAGGUUUCGAGUCAUUCUAUGAGCUUUUUAUAACGAAUCAAGUGAUUAUUCAAGAGUUUACAAAUUUCAUCUGCAAGCAGUAUUUUGACACACAUAAAAAAUAUGGCCUUACUUUUAAAGAGUUUAGUAACAUUGCUCAAUCACAUUAGUACUGGUUUUUUAAACCAACCCUUAUCAGAGAAGAAUUUUUAGUUUAUGCUUUACAAAAUAGAGAUCGAGCUUUGAUGAUAUUCAAAAGUGACGAUGAAAAAGUGUUCUUAGAAGAUAAAUCAUCACUUAAAAUGACAACUUAAGAAAAUAAUCCACUCUUUAAAAAUCUAAUGCUAUCAAACUAAAAAAUAAACUCACAAUAUUUGUAAAAUAAGUUAUCAUCAGACAUUUAACUUCAAAAAUUAGUGAUUUAACUAUCAGAGAGAACUUCUCAGCAUAGGUAAAUUAAAAGUAAUUUAGAAACUUUUGAAGGGAAAGAAAGGAAAAUUAUAGAUCAUAAGAUAAGUACUAAGUCUUUGUAAGAGGAAUAAAAUAGUCUCUCUGAGGAUGAUAAAUUGCAAGAUAUUGUUAGUGUGUCAUAAUCAAUUAGCAAUACUGAUAGCGAAGAGGAAGAAUAAAAGCAUAAGGAUAUAAAGGAUGGAAUAAAAAAAUAAAAAACUAAACUCUUACUAGGGGAGCAAGAUAUUUAUGAGCUGGUACUUUGUAACAUGGAAUAAAAAUAUGGUGAGAUUGCACUUACUUUAUACUAAAAAUUUACGAAAUACAAAUUAGAAACUGCAGAUCUUAACUAGAUCUAGAAACUACUUUACAGAUUAAGAGUGCAUUAAUGUUUUACCACAGAUAUAUCGUCAAUGAAAGAUGAAUUUGUAAUAAGUUUAUAGAGGAAGAUAGAGCAGAAUCUUUCUAAAAACGAUGUGCUCUUGCUUUCAAAAUCUAAACUUAUUAACAAGAAAUUUCUUUAUGUUUAUCAAGAGAUACUUGAAAAAUUUGAAGAAAUGACUAACUCCCAUUUUUUCUAGAUAAAAAAGUAAGCUAAAUACUAUGAUUGUGAGGAUUUAAUUGAAGGACUUAGUUUACCCAACAAAGUAAAGUUUAUUUAGCAAUUGGAUGAUUUAAAGAAUCAAAAGAUAAACAAGCAAGAGCAGCAUAUGAUUUCAUUUACCUUGAUUAUGAAUAACAAUGUCAUAAUGAUUACUAUCUAUAGGUUCAAGUCAAUUAUUUACACUUUCUCAUCCAUUGAUUUUUCAGACUCUGAGAAUGUUGAUUAGCUAAAGAAAAUGUUGUUUCAAUUCAUAAAAGAAAAGUAAUUCAGAUAGCAUUUAGACAAUGGAACUAUUAAAUUUGUACACCAUUAACUACCUUCCAAUAAGGAUUUUGAUACUUUAAUGUAUUUUUGUGAUGUUUCCUAUUGUUGGCUUUUGGGGAUAGAACCUGAUCUUAAUCAUACAUCACUAACAGAUAUAAAAAACAGGAUAUUAUAUUAGAUUAGUAUAAUUUUAACUUGUUGA